ACCCAGUGGCCGGGCCGGCGACCGGAACGCUGCGACAGAGCUGUGCGGCGACCACCGGAGUGGUUUGGGAAGUGCACGAAGGGAAGAUGGCGGCGGAACGACAGGAUGCGCUGAGGGAGUUUGUGGCGGUAACGGGCGCUGAGGAGGACCGGGCCCGCUUCUUCCUCGAGUCGGCCGGCUGGGACCUGCAGAUUGCGCUAGCGAGCUUUUAUGAGGACGGAGGGGACGAAGACAUUGUGACCAUUUCACAGGCAACCCCCAGUUCAGUGUCCAGAGGCACAGCCCCCAGUGAUAAUAGGGUGACAUCCUUCAGAGACCUUAUUCAUGACCAAGAUGAGGAUGACGAAGAGGAAGAGGGCCAGAGGAGCAGGUUUUAUGCUGGGGGCUCAGAGAGAAGUGGACAACAGAUUGUUGGCCCUCCCAGGAAGAAAAGUCCCAACGAGCUGGUGGAUGAUCUCUUUAAAGGUGCUAAGGAGCACGGAGCUGUAGCUGUGGAGCGAGUGACCAAGAGCCCUGGAGAGACCAGUAAACCAAGACCCUUUGCAGGAGGUGGCUACCGUCUUGGAGCAGCACCAGAGGAAGAGUCUGCCUAUGUGGCAGGAGAAAGGAGACAGCAUUCCAGCCAGGAUGUUCAUGUCGUUCUGAAGCUCUGGAAAAGUGGAUUCAGCCUGGACAAUGGCGAGCUCAGAAGCUACCAAGACCCAUCCAAUGCCCAGUUUCUGGAGUCAAUCCGCAGAGGGGAGGUGCCAGCAGAGCUGCGGAGGUUAGCUCAUGGUGGGCAGGUGAACUUGGAUAUGGAAGACCAUCGGGAUGAGGACUUUGUGAAGCCUAAGGGAGCUUUCAAAGCUUUCACUGGUGAAGGCCAGAAACUCGGCAGCACAGCCCCCCAGGUAUUGAGUACCAGCUCUCCAGCCCAGCAGGCAGAAAAUGAAGCCAAAGCCAGCUCUUCUGUCUUAAUCAACGAGUCAGAGCCUACUACCAACAUCCAAAUUCGACUUGCCGAUGGUGGGAGACUGGUACAGAAAUUUAACCACAGCCACAGGAUCAGCGACAUCCGACUUUUCAUCGUGGAUGCCCGGCCAGCCAUGGCUGCCACCAGCUUUGUCCUCAUGACUACCUUUCCAAACAAAGAGCUGGCUGACGAGAGCCAAACUCUGAAGGAAGCCAACCUACUCAAUGCUGUCAUCGUGCAGCGGUUAACAUAACCACUCAGCCUCGGGCCACCUCUUUUCUAUGUCUCCUGCAGUUGGCAGCCAUGCCCCAUGGGGAUCACCCCCCUGCCCCUGUGCACACCCAGUGCUCCAGUGCCACAUCUCCUCUAUAGCUCUGGGUUCCUAGAUUUUGGUUGGACAUUUGUUUUUUCCUUAGUUACAUUUCCUGGGUUUUUGUGAGGAUCAAUGGACUUUAAAGGAAAAAAAUAAAAAACCAAAAAAAAUGGAAGAAACAUCACCAGCAUGUGUAUGGAAACUCCCCCUGGAGCGGAACUUCAUUGCCAUAAAAUGUUAUUUAUCUUAGGAGCAUGGCAGGAGCCCUUUUUCCAUCCUCUAUGCAUAAAAUUGACUGACACACAACACUCAUCCACUAGCAUGUACCUUCUGCCACCCCCAAAAGUGUGGAGGAUUCUCCCUUUAUAGGGAAGAAAGAAGAGAUAUAUGGAAAGAGGCUUUGCAGCCACUUGUUCCCAUAUGAAUAUAUCACUUGACCCAAUAAAAAUUGGCAGUGGCAAAAGUUCCCUGAAGUGUGAGGUCAGAGCUGGAUGCACACAAUCUCUUUGGGUGAAAAUAAAUACUUCUCCACAUACCCUUCACUCAGCCCUGCCUGGGAAAUCCAUGCUCCCAGGCCAUAGCCAGUGAGAUUCUACACCUGCCCAUCCAUUUGCCCUCCCACCAUCCAAGGCUACUCUCCCUUGGUGAUUCCUGGUUGCUGCCAUUGCUUCAUUCCAUAUGCAGAAGUCUGAGGGGACUUAAGAGGUAGGUAGGGUAUGUCUUCAUUGGGAUACAGUUCAUGCCAACCCAGAUGAGUUCAGAGGGUAUUUUGGCUUAAGCAAGCAACAAAUCAGUGCUACUAAAUUAUUCACUAGUGUGUUGCAAAUAAGAUGCUGAAGGGGUGAGUACUGUCCUGUGCUGCGGGUGCCUUUUAUUGUGUUGGUGUUUGUGAGACUGGCAAGCAGUUUUUGAGAGUGAAUAUAAUGUCAGAAUGUAGCUUUGGGUUGCAGGUUUCACUUCACAUCAUCUCUGCUCUAUUGCUUCUAACUUGGAGCAGUUAAGGUUGUAGUCAUAGCCUGGUAAAGACCCUCCACACCCCUAAGUUUGCUUCUUUGCAAGGCAGGUGAGGAGGACCUUUCGGGUUUAGAUGGAACCUUUCCUACCACCAUGUUAAGUGAGCCACAGAUCCAACCUGGUUUUGAGCCAUAUUAUGCCUCAACCAUCUUAACAAGUGGGCACCACCAGACAAUUUCCUGCUUCACCCCCUUGCUACCAGCCGGGAACUAGUGCUGUAUCCACCUACAGCCAUGGAAGGUGGUAGUUUCAACUUGGCUUGGUGCUUCAAUCCCAAACUGGCUGCAGUACCUGCCCCAGUGUUUUCUCUAGCAGGUGGUGGUAACUGGGAGCUAAAUACAGAUCUUGAAAACAAAAUUAUUGUCACCUUGACCAUUAAAAACCAGAAAGAAGACAGCAGAGUUUUGUAGUUUUUAAUGAGUUGCUUGGAAAGUCACAGCAGCCAUCUUAAAUUCUGUGGUGCUCCACAGAGGUUCCACGUUACAGUGCAAGAACCUAAGCCCAGGUCACAGCUGGUAAAUGGUAUGUGGUGCUUGUCUUUCAGAGCCUGUGUUCUAACGUGUGGCCAGGUACAUAUACUCCACCCCCACCCCUAGGCCCUGCCUUCACACAGUUUAUUCCCUGCCCUUCCUUCGGGUUUCUGCUUAUAUUAAAUCACACAUCAGAACAGCUCCUAAGACCCAGUAACACCUGCGUCAUCUAGAUUGGUUUGCAGAGGGCUCUUGAAUUUCUGUCCACCUUGGGAAGGGAUCAUGACUGCUGAUGUAGCUUACCUAUAAUUGCAGUUCAGACAGUCCCAGUGCCUGGCCUAAGGUCAGAGGAAUUGCAUUGAUCUGGCUCCAGGCUGAGAAAAGCUAUUCUUUAGUUCUGGUGGCCUAGAUGGGCUUUCAUAAGGCACCAGUCUCCUGGCUUCUGAAUUCAGGACAGUUCUUAACUGGAGGAUUUUGGAACAUCCCCAACAUCAGUUGGUGAGUAAGGGAGCCACCUGGUAUUAAAGGGGCCUGCCCAAAGAUACAGUGCAAUGACUGGGACAUUUCCUGAUGGGGAAAAUAUCCCAAAUUUAUCACUGAAAAAGGCAAGUUAGCUGUCAUGCCCUAACAAGUGCAACAACCAUGCCAAACAAACCUGUAGGUAGAGUUUUGUGUACAUCUAGUUACUUCCUCCAGAGAUAUCCCUGGGAGAAAACCAGUUUGGGGGGCAGGAACUGGGUACAUCUUUACACUGUGGAUGGCAAUGCCAAAGUGCCAGUGUUCUGGAGCUCAUUCAAGGGAAGCAGCUGUUACAGAAGGGCUAUCCUAACUAGCUUUUUUAAAGGAACUGCUAUCUCAGGACCCUAUCCCAGGCCUAAAUAAAAGGUCUUUCAAAUGGUUUUGGCUUGUGUCAUGGUUGUCCCCUCCCAUCCCCCUUUCAGGCUAGACAAGCAGAAUAGAAAGCAUGACCCUGACUUGUAGCAUCUGAACCAAGUCUCAGUCUGAGCCAGUUCCUGCAGUGUGUGACCUUACCUCUCUGUUUCAGUGGCCUCAUCCCUCAUGCCAUGUCCAGUCCAUCAGCAAGCAAUCAAGGUGCCACUUUGGAUGCAUCCCAGAUCUCUCCACUUUGUCAUCCUUCCCCUAUGAUCUCCCAGGCCAGCUUCCAUCAUGCUGGAGCAUAGAGAACUGAGUUCCCAGAGGAGCCUGGAACCUAAGAGUCUGAGGUCUGGGAAUACACAGCAUCUCCCAAGAGUUAGUAGUGGGCCCUUGUGAGGCAGCCAAACCUAUGCAUUAGGUCCUGCUUUGUAGGAACAGAGGAAACUGGGUGGAAGAUAGACAUAGAUUCCAGGACCAAGGGAGAAACAAGCAGCCAGCCAAAGACUCUUCUUUGGCCACCACAGAAGUAUGAGCAAGAGCUCCUGACUGGACCAAGACUGAAGAGCCCAUAAAUGCCCCCUAGAAGGGGCCUCACAGCAUCUGCCCUGGCCACAGGAAGCCAGCAGGCCCUUUUCUGCCCCUUGCCUCUCCUGUGACCCUGUCCCUAACAAUAGGAGAAACUAUGCCUUUAAGUUCAAAGUCUUGACUUUGACAUUGGAAUGGCUUUUUAAAAAAUUAAUAGGUAAGAUUUUUU